AUGAAACAGAGCAAGUGGAAGUACAAGGGCAAGGGCAAGGGCAAGGGCAAGGGCAAGGGCAAGGGCAAGGGCAAGGGCAAGGGCAAGGGCAAGGGCAAGGGCAAGGGCAAGGGCAAGGGCAAGGGCAAGGGCAAGGGCAAGGGCAAGGGCAAGGGCAAGGGCAAGGGCAAGGGCCAGAGCAAGAACAAGAGCAAGAGCAAAGGCAAGAGGGAGGGCCAGAGCAAAAGCCACUACAAGAGCAAGGAGCAAGAGCCAGAGCAAGAGCCAGAGCAAGAGCCAGAGCAAGAGCCAGAGCAAGAGCCAGAGCAAGAGCAGAGCAAGAUCAAGAGCAAAAGCAAGAGCCACAGCAAGAGUCAGAGCAAGAGCAAGAGCAAGAGCAAGAGCCAGAGCAAGUGCCAGAGCAAGUGCCAGAAUAAGAGCAAGAGCAAGAGACAAAGCAAGAGCAAGAGCAAGAACAAGAAGCAAAAGCAAGGCAAGAGCCAGAGCAAGAGCAAGGGCAAGGGCCACAGCAAGAGCAAGAGCGAGAUUAAAAGCAAGAGCCAGAGCAAGAGUCAGUGCAAGAGCAAGAGCACGAGCCAGAGCAAGAGCCAGAGCAAGAAGCAAAAGCAAGGCAAGAGCCAGAGCAAGAGCAAGGACAAGGGCAAGAGAGAGAGCAAAGGCAAGAGGAAGAGCAAGAGCAAGAGCCACAGCAAGAGCCACAGCAAGAGCCAGAGCAAAAGCCAGAGAAAGAGCCGGAGCAAGAGCCACAGCAAGAGCCAGAGCAAGAGCCAGAGCAAGAGCCAGAGCAAGAGCAAAAGCGUGAGCCAGAGCCAGAGCAAAUGCCAGAGCAAAAGCCAGAGCAAGAGCAAGAGCUAG